AUGGCUAAAAAUAUUCAUAUUAAACUUAUUAAUAUGAAAACAAUAAUAACAAAUGAAGGUUCUGAUAAUAUAGAUGAAGAUUCUAAUACUAUAGAUAAAGAAUUGGAAAAUAUAGAUAAUGAAUCUAAUAAUUUAGAUUCAGAUACAAUUAAUAACAUUAUUAAUUCUAUAGAUAUAGACGGACAAUGUAAUUGUAAAGAAAUACUUAGAUAUUUAAUUUCUCAUUUGUUACAUAAAAACAGGAUCAAUGUCAUUAUUUUGAUUAUUGUUAAUGUUAGUAUGAUUCAAUAG